AUGGCAAAGCCGAGAUUGAUCAUACUGAUUCGACAUGGCCAGUCCGAAGGGAACAAAAACCGCGAGAUACAUCAAAGCGUCCCAGACCACCGCGUGAAGCUCACGCCCGAAGGAUGGUCCCAGGCCCACGAGGCCGGCCGCCGCCUGCGCAACCUCCUCCGUCCCGACGACACCGUCCAGGUAUUCACAUCCCCGUACCGACGCACGCGCGAGACCACAGACGGCAUCCUCGCCACCCUUACGUCCGACGACCCCGACAUAUCGCCCUUCCGCCGGUCCAACAUCAAAGUGUACGAGGAGCCCAGGCUGCGUGAGCAAGACUUUGGCAACUUCCAGCCUUGCAGCGCCGAGAUGGAGCGCAUGUGGCAGGAGCGCUUGGACUACGGACAUUUCUUCUACCGCAUCCCCAACGGCGAGAGCGCCGCCGACGCCUACGACCGCGUGAGCGGCUUCAACGAGAGUCUGUGGCGCCAAUUCGGCGACGAGGACUUCGCCAGCGUCUUCACUCACGGACUCAUGUCGCGCGUCUUCCUCAUGAAAUGGUACCACCUCACUGUCGAAGAAUUCGAAGACCUACGCAACCUCGACCACUGCGAGUUCCUCGUCAUGCGUAAGCAAGAAAACGGCAAAUUCCUUCUCGAAACCAAGCUCCGCACGUGGUCCGAACUCCGUCGAGAACGAGCCCUCGCCAACGUCGCCAGCAGCGGCAGCAGCAGCACCAAGGAAAAGGGAAAGGACGAAACCCCCCGGCUCGACCGCGAGCGCACCUUUGUAGUGACGCGGAAAUGGGGCGGCUGUCCCAACGGCUGCAACCACACUGACCACUACAAGAGGCGGCACGACCUCGAGGCCCUGCGCCAAAGGGACAACGAGCUCAGCGCGGCCGCCAACGGAACCUCAACCAUGCUGUCGGCCCGGCGCCACCGGCACAAGUCCACCGUGAGCGUGGGCGACGGCGACGACGAGCACAGCGACCAGCAAGCCCCGGGCGGCGCGCGGCUAGAGCAGACUCGCAGUCUGGACGACACGGCUCCCUCGCCCGACGGCACGUCGUCCUACGCGCAGCCCUACGACGGCCUGCGCAGCCUCUCAUCGCCCCGCCUACACCUUGGCCGCGACUUUGGCGGCACCUACUCGGGCCACGCAUCCGUCGCCGGCUCCGACUCUGAGGCCUCGUCCGGCCAGGGUCGCUGCCGCCGCAGCCGCCGCCGCAAGACGACUCACCAGGGCAAGGCGCACGCCGCCACCAAGUGCGUGGGCGCGUGCGCCAAUCGUUUGGGAGACGCGGCCCCCGCGCCGGGCUCCGACACGGAGGACCUGGACGCCGCCGAGAAGAAGGACAGGAGCAUCAGCUGGAGCGUGUACUAG